AUGCAUCUUUCAUCCAUUGCUGUAUCACUGCUUGCCUUUUUCAGUAAUGCAUUCCUUGCCACAGAGCUCCCAGCCGGUGUGCCUCGAUCUCUCGAGGAAUUCCGAGAAAAGCAUCCCUACCGAGCACGGAGUACCAAAGGUGAUUGUCGCAAAGUGACCAGGAUACGCUCAUCUGAGCAUGAUACCGACGACAUUUCGGAUGAUUUCCUAGAGGGAAUCAGACAGGCCAACAACGGCGGACUGCUUCACCUGCCCAAAGACGAGCUCUUCGUCAUCGGCAAGCCACUGGACCUGGCCUUCCUCAACGACAUCCACGUUCGUCUGGACGGCAAGAUCUUGUUUACCGACGACGUUCCUCAAUGGCAAGCUACGGCUUUCAAGCACCCCUUCCAGACAAAUCUCCUGUACUGGAAAUGGGGCGGAAAGAACUUCAAAAUCUACGGCGACGGCGUCAUCGACGGCAACGGCGAGCGUUGGUGGCGUGAGUUCGGCGAGCUUGACCUCCCCGCGGACAACAAUUACACCUACGCCCGGCCCAUUCCCUCUUUUAUGUUGGAGACGCCGCCAAUGUGCAGAUUGAGGGGAUCCGAUUCAAAGACGGGCCGAUCUGGCACCAGCUCAUCGAACGCAGUAUUUCCAUCAAGUGAUACCCCCGAGGGCAUAUCCUACCGCGAUGUCGCCUGCACUGCUCGGCCCCGAGACCAGACCGUUCGGCCUGCGAACACGGGCUUUUUCAACUCCCUCAACGUCAGGGACGUGUCGAUUGAGCGCGUCUGGGUCGACGUCGGCGACGACUGUUUCUCGCCAAAAUCAAACGGCACCAACAUUCACGUCAACCACAUGUACUGCAACGGCACACACGGCCAGUCCCUCGGUUCCCUGGGAGAACACAGGGGCGUCAUGUCCUUCGUCGAAGACGUCGUGAUCGAGAAUGUCUGGAUGCUCAACGGCGGCCACGGCAGCCGCAUCAAGGUCUGGGCCGGCCCGACCGCCGGCCACGGCUACGUCAACAACGUCACUUUCCGGAGCCAGAUCAACGCCGAGACGUGCGAGGCAUACCCGGCCGGCAUGUCCAUCACCAACGUCCUGUUUGAGAACUUUACGGGCUCGACGCGCGGGAACCGCGGCCGUGCCGUCGCCAAGCUGACGUGCUCGGCGAGCCCCGACGCCGUGUGCGACAAUAUCCGCUUCCGCAACUUUGCCGUGCGGUCGCCGUGCGGCGGGCCUGCGGUUGCCGUUUGCGAUGGCGUGACGGGCGACACGGGGGAUCUGCCGUGUUAUGCGGCGGACAGUGAUGAGGCCAAGGCUGCGCUGCGGGAUACGUGUGUCGGGGAGACGUCUCGGUAUGUUGGGAAGCCGUGGGAGGAUGGCGGGCCUGGGUUCUGA